AUGCCACUCUUUGGCUGGAUGAAGUGGCCCAAGACCACGGCGGUCAAGGCUGGCUCGCAGGUGGCCACACAGACGCUGCUUCAGGAGCUCACGUGGCACCUGAGGGAACGAGAAAGGUUCAUGCAAGAGAUCGAGGGCGAGCAGAAAGUGAAAAAAGCAGGCACAGACCACAGCUGGCCACAAAGCUACCGGAAUCCUCAGGCAAGCAUCCCAGCCACUGAGCGGAGACAACUGGAGGCCCUGUGCGCCCGAGUACAGCCCGGCCAGACCAGAGCUGUGCUCAGCAGAUUUCGAGAAAUUUUGGCAGAAAACGAUGCGCUGCCAUGCGAAGUAGUCUACAUCUUCAAGCAAGUGCUCAAAGACUCGGUGAGCGGUGCAGAGCGCGGGGACCAGCCCCGGGGUCCCCGGCCGGCCUGCAGGACUGGCUGCCCGCCAGCUCCCCUGGCCGCUCCCGGGGAAGGGGCCUGGGGCCCGGGCGGGCAGGAAAUACCCACCAUUUCCAGCUACGUUGACAGAAACUCCCACAGCAGGUUCCCAGCUCUCACCCAUCGAGUAUGGAACCCACCCCGUUAG